AUGUCCAAUAACGAACAAAACAAUGACUCGUCCGAGUAUGUCCCUGGCGGCAACCGUCCAUUGGUGUCAGAGUACACUGAGCCGCCUGUUUUCGGAGUAGGGGACAGCGUAUAUCUGAUCAACAUUGAUGGCUCUCAAGAAGGCCCGUACGUUGUUGCCACCGCCCCAUCAGCAGGAAAGUGUAUGCUAUGCUAUAGUGAUGGAAAGCCGUUUCGAAAUAAUGCGGCCAUUAGUGUAGAUGAGUUGGAAGCUAGCUAG